AUGGCCUAUGAAGAGAACAAACGAGUUCUCCAUGUUAGAACUCCUGUUGUUUUAGAAGAACAAGAAAUCAAUACUGAGCCCAACGCAAGUUUAUGCACGAAAUCUGUUUUUCCAAAAUAUGAUAGUUUUAGUCAAAAAUUCCCUUGCUUGCGAUCAAAUGCUGUAAAUCCAGACAAAAAGAGCUCUCAAAUAUUCCAGAGAUCAGCAGAAAAUAUUCAUAUAAAUAACAAAUCACGAUACCAAAGCCCUUUAAGCAUUGGUUCAAGAAAAAAAUGAUCUCCAUCUCCAAUUCGUGACUGUGAAAGCGACUUAGAAUUAACAUUUUUCCAAAGAUCAAUAGUCCCUAGAAAAGACUCCCGAUUAAGAGCACAUCCUAUAUCAGAAAUUUCGCUAGAAGUUCCUAUUAUAGAAGCUGCCCCAAAUCCUAGCGCACGAUCUAAAGAUUUAAAUUCAAUUAAAAACUGGAAAGCUCAACAAUCGUCGAGCCAUAAAAGAAUUAGGUCAAAUGAGCCUAAACGAGGAUCAGUUAAAGUCUUAAGAAAACGGGCUUCAACUCCUCUUAAAGUUCAGUGCAAUAAUCUAUAUAAUAUUCAUAUUAAAAUACAAGAACGGCAAAUCACUCCUGUUCAUUUAGAUUAUGUAACACAAAUCAUGAAAAGGCCGUGGCUGUCAACAUAA